GUUGUCAUGACAACCAGCAGUCGCUCCCAAAGCUGAAUCGAGUUUACGUUUUUCUCUUCUUCUCUAGAAGACGUGACGUUUGAUUAUUCACACACCACAAGGCUCUGUUUUACAGUGUUAAGAUGUCAGAUGAUAGAGAGUAUGCCAUCAUUAACCAGAGGUUGGUGGAGAAAGGUGACAAGGAAAGAUUGAGAGCUAUAUUGCGUGAGCAGUUGAUCAAAUCUGGUUGGCGAGACGCUUUAAAAUUGGAAUGCCGUCGAGUCGUGCAAGAGCAAGGUCUUGACAACAUCAGCGUGGACGAAAUAAUUAAACAAGUAACGCCACACGCCCGUGCCACGAUUCCCAGUGACGUCAAGCAAGACUUGCUGAAUCGCAUCAAAGAGAUCGUGCAGAAUGAAUCUGAUUCCUUUUAACGAUAAUAAGUUUGGAUUGUGUAUUUUGCUUAUAAUGUUUUUUUCUAAAAAAAAAAAAAGA